CUCUGGACACUCCGUCUCCUCUCAAAACCCUAGCUCCCCUCCUCUGUCUCUCCCACCGGCCACCGCCUCUUCCCCCUCCUCUCUCUCCCGUGCCCACAACCGAACCAACACCACACUAGGAGAGAAGAGAGGGAGGGAGGGAGAUGGCGAAGAAGAAGGAGAAGGCGGUGAACGUGUCUGGCAAGCCGCGGCACUCGCUCGACGUCAACCGCGCCAAUGACAGGAAGGGCGCGGGCGGCGGCGGAAGCCGGUCCGCGGCCACCGUGCGGCGGCUCAAGAUGUACAAGACGCGGCCCAAGAGGGACCGCGGGGGGAAGGUGCUCAGGAACGACCUCCAGUCCAAGGAGCUCCCCAACACCCGCAUCGAGCCCGACCGCCGCUGGUUCGGGAAUACACGCGUUGUGGACCAGAAACGGCUUGAAUUCUUUCGGGAGGAACUUGAGAGUCGGCUUUCCAACAACUACAAUGUCAUCUUGAAAGAACGGAAGCUGCCACUAUCGCUCCUGCAGGAUCAUCAAAAGCAAGCAAAGGCACAUCUUCUUGACAUUGAGCCUUUUGAGCAUGCCUUUGGACCAAAGGGCAAGAGGAAACGCCCAAAACUAACAGCUCUUGAUUAUGAAUCUUUACUGAAGAAAGCUGAUGAUUCUCAAGAUGCAUUUGAGGAAAAACAUGCUUCGUCAAAGUUGCCAAAGGAUGAAGAGGAAGAUGGCUUACGAGAUCUAGUCAGGCAUACAAUGUUUGAGAAGGGACAGAGCAAAAGAAUUUGGGGUGAACUGUACAAAGUUAUUGACUCUUCAGAUGUUGUUGUGCAGGUUUUGGAUGCUAGGGAUCCAAUGGGCACUCGAUGCUACCAUCUAGAGAAACAUCUGAAGGAGAACUGCAAACACAAACACUUGGUUUUCUUACUAAAUAAGUGCGAUCUAGUGCCUGCUUGGGCAACAAAAGGAUGGCUCCGAGCUCUAUCGAGGGACUAUCCCACCCUAGCAUUCCAUGCAAGCAUCAAUAAGUCAUUUGGCAAAGGAUCUCUUCUGUCAGUAUUACGGCAGUUUGCACGCUUGAAGAGUGACAAACAAGCCAUAUCUGUUGGAUUCGUUGGAUAUCCCAAUGUUGGGAAGUCAUCAGUUAUCAAUACUCUACGAUCCAAAAGUGUUUGCAAGGUUGCUCCAAUUCCUGGAGAGACAAAAGUUUGGCAGUACAUCACCCUCACUAAAAAAAUCUUUUUGAUUGACUGCCCUGGUGUUGUGUAUCAAAACAACGAUUCAGAAACUGAUAUAGUUCUCAAGGGUGUGGUACGAGUGACAAAUUUGGAGGAUGCUGCCGAACACAUUGGUGAAGUUCUGAGACGCGUUAAGAAGGAGCAUCUUCAAAGAGCAUAUAAAAUUCAAGAUUGGACUGAUGAUAAUGAUUUUCUUGUCCAACUGAGCAGAAGUACCGGAAAGUUACUCAAGGGUGGAGAGCCUGAUCUGACAACGGCAGCCAAGAUGGUACUUCAUGACUGGCAGAGGGGUAAAAUUCCCUUUUUUGUACCCCCUCCGCGGUCUAGUGAUGGUGGUGCAUCUGAAAGUUCUGAGCCUGUUGAGAAAACUGAUGAGGACGGAGUAAGUAGUGACAGGACUGCUGCUGCCAUGAAAGCAAUCGCCGGAAUAAUAUCAUCGCAGCAGAACAUGAAUGUACCCUGCCAGAAGGAACACGGUGCAAAUAACGAAGACAGCGAGCUCGCAGAUCAGUCAGAGUAAUCGUAGGUAACAACAAAGAGGCAAGUAGUCCUGCCUGGGGGAUUCUUGGCUAUCAAGCAAAUGAAAGUAUGUUUCUGCAGGCAGACGUGGAUAGAGUUCAUAUGUUGACUGUCGAGCCGUGGCCCCGUGGGGCUUGCCAGCACACGUACAGUGGCAUUUAACCGUUUCCUUCACGUGCCACAUAGGAUUCAGGUUAGUUCAGCUGCGGCAGAAGAAUGAGGCUUUGGGGAGCGAGUGGUCUUUUUUUGCAAGUUUAUUGUAUUUCAAGCUUUGUAAUAGGGCAAGUUGAGGCUUUUUGAAUAAGCUGCUCCAUCGUACGGAAUUUUUAGAGCACUACAGAUGCUAUUACACAUUGUGACAUCGAGUCAAGUUAUCCUUAUUUUCUGAGAAUACAACGCUCUGUUCUGACCUUGGUA